CAACUCUCGCCACGUUACGCGUAGAGAAGUACUAUGAGUUUGUGACAAUGAUAAAAACACCUUGACAAACCUUCCCUUGCAAAACCAGAUUUUCCCACCAAAGAAUCGAACACACACAAAAAAAGCAAUGGCUUUAAGACCAGCAAUUUCCAUUGGAAGACGAACAUACCAUAGCUUCCUCUCAGCAACAUCAGUUUUUGCCACUUCCAAAUCUCUCACCCAUUUCCAUCGUUCAUUGCACCCUCUUCAUCAAGCCAAACCUGGGUUUAGACAUGGUACAUUUCGUGCUAUUCAAGGAACAACAUUGGAUCCUAUAAAACCCAAGAAGGAUACUCAAGAAAAGAAACAAAUUGAUGAUGAUCAAAAUUGGAAGAUCAAAAUGUUGUAUGAUGGAGAUUGCCCGCUUUGUAUGAGGGAGGUAAAGAUGUUGAGGGAGAGGGAUAAUGAUUAUGGAGCAAUCAAAUUUGUUGAUAUAAGCUCAGAGGAUUACUCACCUGAGGAUAAUCAAGGCCUUGAUUACACUACUGUCAUGGGAAGAAUACAUGCAAUUCUCGCUGAUGGAACAGUAGUAACCGAUGUUGAGGCUUUCAGGAAACUGUAUGAAGCUGUUGGUUUGGGAUGGGUUUACGCAAUUACCAAAUAUGAGCCGAUUUCGAGUAUAGCAGACGCAGUUUAUGGUGUGUGGGCAAAAUAUCGCCUUCAGAUAACAGGUCGGCCGCCUAUGGAAGAGAUACUCGAAUCAAGAAAAAAGAAGGCUGAAAUGUGUGGUGACAGCAAAACUUGUAAAAUGUGAAGUUUUCUAGAGCUUCAUUAUUAUCAUCCCAAUGAGUCCCGUCUAAGGUAGAAUCUGGGGAGGGUGGAAAAGAAGGUUCACCAAUUUUAUUAUCACGUGGAGGGCGCGAUUGAAGGGGCCCCUCAACUCGAGUAUUUAGAAGCAGCCCUCUUUAAUUUUUAUAAUUUAAUGUUCUUAGAAUAGCUAAUGUAUACAAAAAAAGUUAUUAUUUAUCCAGAUGUAAAUGUAAACUUAUCGUAUUAUACAAGCUGUUGUGUUAGAUACACAAAUACUUUAUUAAUAAUAAAUAAUUUCUUUUCUGCUUUAUUUUUCUACAA